CAUUUACCUGUGUGAGGUUGGUGUGUGUGUGUGUAAGUGUAGGCCUAUCUUUGGACGGUGAGUGGAGGAGAAGCAUAUUUAGAAAUUCAAAACAAACAGUCGCAGAGUUGAAAUCCAACAAAGGAGCGUUGACUGACGGUACAGUGUGGAAGUGCGGAGGUGAAGAGAGAGACUGUGAGACAAAGAAAGAGAGAGGGAGAAAGAGAGGGAAAGAGAGAGGGAAAGAGAGGGGGUGGGCAGCAAGUUGAAACCUAAGCUUUCUGGACCCUGUUUUCCCUUCCUUCGGGCAUUCUGUGGCUGGUAAAAAAUGUGCUGUAUAUUUGAAGUGUUGGACCACGUGACAGAGGCAGGGUUUGUGAAUCAAAGUACACAUGAUUUCAGGAGAGAGAGAGAGAGAGAGAGAGAGAGAGAGAGAGAGAGAGAGAGAGAGAGAGAGAGAGAGAGAGAGACUGGAAAAGGAGAGGGAGGCGGAAUGCAACAGGCUGAGCUCCCUCGUCACUGGGAGAGGGACUUCUGACUGACAAACACAGCUACUACUCUCAGCUCACUUCUCCUCUCCACCACCCUCGCUCAGCAGCACCCAGGGCGUCCGUCACAUCCCAGCUCUGAGUCUGGAUCUGCUCCGUUCUCGGCCACUCGGCUCCUGGUGUCUUUCUGGCUUCUCCUCUCUCAGCAUCAUCCCUCUCACCUCUUCGAGGCCCUGACGGAAGAGACGCCAGCAGCUGAGAGGGGCUGAAUGGCACCAGCUCCUUUCAGACUCACCACAAGGCCCUUGACUGAGACAUAGGAAGAGCCAGACAGCGAGACGAGUCACCUAAAGCAUCACCAGCAGUUGGCACCAUGGCAACCAAUAGGGAGCAUCAAGUGCGUCACAUGACCGGCUUCCCCCGUUCUAUGUACCCGUUCACCUUCAACUCCAUGAGGAGCCACUCCCCCUUUGACCUGCUGGCCAGUAGCCACCUCUUUGGCCGGUUCGGCGCCGACCUGCCCAAAGAGAUGGCCGCUUUGUCGGUGGAGACCCAGAGCACCAGUUCAGAGGAGAUGGUGCCCAGCUCUCCUUCUCCUCCUCCUCCUCCUCGGGUCUACAAGCCGUGCUUCGUGUGCCAGGACAAGUCGUCCGGUUAUCACUACGGAGUGAGCUCCUGUGAGGGCUGCAAGGGUUUCUUCAGGCGCAGUAUCCAGAAGAACAUGGUGUACACCUGCCACCGAGACAAGAACUGUCAGAUCAACAAAGUGACCCGCAACCGCUGCCAGUACUGCCGGCUGCAGAAGUGCUUCGAGGUUGGCAUGUCCAAGGAAGGUGAGUGUGAGAAAAUAAAACUUUUACUGAUUCAUCGUCACUUAUCUAGAAAUGGCACACGUGGAGUUGAGCGUGGCGUGUUUUCCCCUUCAGCGGUGCGCAACGACAGGAACAAAAAGAAGAAGGACGUGAAGGAGGAGGUGGUGCUGCCAGAGAACUACGAGCUGAGCGGCGAGCUGGAGGAGCUGGUGAACAAAGUCAGCAAAGCUCACAAGGAGACCUUUCCAUCUCUGAUGCAACUCGGAAAAUACCACACAAACUCAAGUGCUGAACACAGAGUGCAGCUGGACUUGGGCCUGUGGGAUAAGUUCAGUGAGCUCUCCACUAAGUGCAUUAUAAAGAUUGUGGAGUUUGCCAAGCGGCUACCAGGCUUCACCACGCUCACCAUCGCUGACCAGAUCACCCUCCUCAAAUCUGCAUGUCUGGACAUCCUGAUGCUGAGGAUAUGCACCCGUUACACACCAGAGCAGGACACGAUGACCUUCUCCGAUGGCCUGACACUCAACAGGACACAGAUGCAUAACGCCGGCUUUGGUCCACUCACAGAACUGGUGUUUGCCUUCGCCAGUCAGCUGCUUCCUUUAGAGAUGGACGACACUGAGACGGGGCUGCUUAGUGCCAUCUGCCUGAUCUGUGGAGAUCGUAUGGACCUGGAGGAGCCGGAGAAGGUGGAUAAGCUGCAGGAGCCACUGCUAGAGGCUCUGAAGAUCUACACCCGCCGCAGACGCCCGAACAAGCCUCAUAUGUUUCCGCGCAUGCUGAUGAAAGUUACGGAUCUCAGAGGAAUCAGCACCAAAGGUGCAGAGAGAGCCAUCACACUGAAGACAGAGAUUCCAGGGCCCAUGCCUCCUCUCAUCAGGGAGAUGCUGGAGAACCCUGAAGCUUUUGAGGACAGCAGUGAUUCAGGGGACAGUGCAGCCGCAGCUGAACCCCCAGCUGAUCCCCCAGCUGCACCCCCUGCCGCUCCCGCCAUUCAAGCCAUCAAGCAAGAGGAAAAAGCCACGUAUGAGUCAGCCGUCGAAGAGGAAGAGGAGGAGGAAGAGGACGACUACUGGGACGAGGAAAGAGAGCGAGGGCUGGACAGUGACGGGGAGCUGUGGGGAGAGGCGGCCGCGAUGAAAGCCGUGACUGGGAAAGCACAGUGAGAGAAAACACAAUGACGCUGCUUCCUCCUCCCCGGGUCACUGAGCCGCCACCCAGCAACAUCUCCGAGAAAACCUCAUGAUAUCAGGCUCUUAUAUAACAACAUGUGGCAUACAGCACAUAUUUACAUAUACUGUACAUAUACUGGACUGAGAUUAAAAAAUGUGUUCAAAUCAGCAGAGGAAACGAGGAAUGGGAGAAGCUAAAGCACUAAAUGUCAGUGGAUGGAGGAGAGCGCCAUUUAAAACUCGCUGUGCCAAAAUGAGACUGUCUAAAAGAUAUUUCAAAAGUGUUUUGUCCACAUGAUGAGGAACCAGAGGCGGUGGACAGAAGAAAUGCACUCCUCUAUAAGGGCUAUGCUGUGUAUAAAAUUGAUGGUAAAAUGCAUUGUAGCAACCAAUCUCUACAUGAUGGUAUCCAUAUGCCGCAAAUGUCUUCUCAAAAUUCCUUUUAUUCCUAUUCAGAGAUAUGCUUCUUAUUUUUUUAUUGUAUGGUUUUUUCCUAAGCAUGUACACGUUUCUGUGUUUUUGUCUUCAUGCCUGUUUGUGGGACUGUUUUUAUAUCUUCACUUACUCCUGCUCAUAUUUGACGCGACUCACAUGUUUUUUUAAGCUUAAGUGUCUAAUUUUAUGCGUUUGUGCUUUAGUGGACACAGUAAAAACAGCAAUAGCAAAUAUCAUAGGACAGAGCAAAGCAAGAGCAGGACUCAAACUCACAAUGUGACAAGCACAUUGGUAUGUAAAUAAAUCUGUGAAUCCACGGAAUCAUGUUGAAGAGAAUAAUCCUGUGAUUUCAACUCUGGUGCUUUUGAUCCAAAUAAGAUUUUAAUAAAGAAUGCAAAAGAAAUACAGGGACAAAAUUCCGCCUCUCAACAAGAACCAACACUUUGAAUAAAGGGGUACAUUUCAUGUCAAUCUCAGGUUGAUUGUAUCAGGGUCUCGUCUCACCUGUCGUAAAAAAGUAAGAAUAGUUGGUGGGAACACUCUGGCGUAACUUACCCAUCUUCAAAGGAAACAUCUUCUUACAUCAAGUAGCAGGAAAGUUGUUGACUCCGAUGUAUUCGCUCUUUGUACAGUAACCAGGUACAGGUAAGCCAUAUGAAUUUCAUUUUGUGAGAAUGGGCAAAUACAAUUAACUAAACAGACAAAACCCUUAAAAGCUGUUUACGUCACAGAAAACCUCAGGUGUGUAUCUGUAUGUGUGUGUGUGUGUGAGUGUGUGUGUAACUGAGAGCAUUUAAGAAUAGAUAGAGUGAUGUUACUGACGCUAAUCCACAGCGAGCGUCUAUGCAAAUUAAGUCAUAUCUUAAAAAUGCACACAAAAUGGGCUCUAUUGCAGAAAAAAGUAAAAAGAAAGAAAGAAGUCAUUCCCCUGAAGACGUCUGGUGAACAAGCUGAUCUAAAAUCACAGAGAUGGUAACAGAUAUUGAACUUGAAAUCUCAGACGCAAAAAUCAAAUGUUGGAAACAAAUCAUUUCCAUUGGACGACUGGCCCGCUGACGCUUGGAACCACAGUUUCACAUGAUGUGUGUUCAUGUCUGCUGUAAUGACUGAUGCAACCAACGUGGAUUUUGUAAUAAAUACCUAUAAUCUGCUUUUCAUUGAAACGUUACAAGUUUUUUUUUUUCAUGUAACAUAUAUGAAGUCAUUGUUUGUGUAAUGAAAUUCAGUGCACUCUGUCUUAUUGGAAUCUUCCACCAGCACGUCCUUCCUCUCGGCAUAAAUCAUUGAAACAUGCUCGAGGUAGUUUAACAAUAUGAGGGAUAAAAUUAGUUUCAGAUAACCGGCUCCUCUAUUAUCACUGUGACAAUAAACCAGCAGUUUUGAAGUCUGUAGCGCCAGACGUUAAGUCAUGAAAUCAUCAUAAUGAUGUUAUUUAGACUCUUUAAUUGUGACGUUGCUAAAAAAGAAUAGAAAAAAGUUUUUUUCACACACACACACACACACACAAGUACAUAGUCCAUAUUUUGCACAUCACCUGCCAACUCUACAUACGAUGUUAUUUUGUAUUUAAAUAUUUUAUAUAUAUCAUAUAAUCAUCAUAAUCUAUGAUAAAUAGUUUUCCAUUGUUAAAACUGUUCCUCUUCUCUCAUUUGAGCUGGUGCAAUAAAAAAGCCUAUGAGGAGACCAGGACUAAGCUCAACACAAAAACAUGUGUAAAUAAAAAAAAAGACCAAAGACAGACAUUACAUUAUUAUUGUAUUAAAAAACUAAAUAGCUCAUUAAUUAGAAGAAAAUUAAAUAUGAGAGCCAAUGAUACAUGGAUGAAUAAUGAACUGUUGUUCAAAGCUGGAAUCAUUUUAUCUCUGUAUUUUAUGCUGUUAAUUGUUUUCUCAUUUCUUUUUAUCUGAUGUCUUUUUUUGUAUCCACAGACUCUGUAGUGUACAAAUAACGUGUUCAUGUUCAGGGAUUCACACACCUCACGAGCUCUGCUUCAGUUGGACUUGAACCAAAAUAGCUCUCAUACACACACACACACACACACACACACACACACACACACACACGCACACACACCCACACAAACUCCCCCACACACACACACACACCACACACACACUCAAAGAAUAGAUCUGCUCUUCUUCAAAUAUUUUCACGUAAGGUUAAUACCUUUUUUGUCAAUUUGUUGCUUAUUGUUUGCUCAGUUGUUAUUUGUUGUUUUAUUCCUUGUAUUUUUAUAAAGGAUCUUUUUGUUCUCA